AGUAAGAACUUCUUCUCUGGGUGCAGAACGUUCUCCGACUUCAGCCGAGAGAGGGAAUUCUUUCUUUUUCUUUGGUAUAUUUUAUAUUUUUUAGGAAUUAGUUUGAAAUUAAAUGUAUUUCUAGUAUUUCUAAUUGACCAAAAGUGUAAUUAGGUUUAGUAGUGUGACAAGACUGCUGCAGGAGUUACAUAAGUAUCUUUUGUCUGGGAGUUUUCCACACGUCACUGAGAGUGGAGGAUUUAGCUGGGAAACCGAAACACAGAAAAAUAGAAAGUAAGAGAGAGAGAGCAUGGCGAGUGAGAAAGUGACGGAGGUGGAGAUGGAGGAGAUUACUCCAGCAGAGGAGAAAGAGGAUAAGGAGGCUGGAAAAGGCGAAAAAGAACCAGAAGAAAAAGUAAAGAAGAACAAAGAAGAAGAAGAUGAAGAAGACAACGAUGACCAGUAUUCCAAACUCAAUAGUCCUACUGAAGAUAUCUACAGUUUAGCUACACACCCCACCUCCCCUCCAAAACUCGAGGAUGUCUACAGGAAGGUGAUUUUAUACCGCAGGCUGUCCGCCGUCCUCCUGCUGAUCUGUGUGCUGCUGCUGGCUGUGCUGCUGGCUCUGGCUGUGAAGUUGUCUGAAGCAAAGUCCAGUCAGGAAUGUCCAACAAACGCUGUGGACGUGGAAAGGACGACAGCAGGAGAGGUCUGCAGCCGCUCAGUGUGUGAGGCCAUGUAUCCUCCAGGGCGUAUCCAGGCGCCAAACGGGCAUGCAUGCAGCGAGUGUGGAAGAGGCUGGUUGAAAUUUGAGGACUCCUGUUACUUCCUAUCUCAGACGCGCCUUAACUGGCUGCAGAGCAGAGAGCAGUGCAAGAAGAUGGGUGGAGACCUGGUCGUCAUUAGCAACGAGCGUGUGCAGAGAUUUCUGACCCAGAAUGGACUCAUGAUGUACUGGAUCGGUCUUAGCCGUUCAGACUCGCAGCAGUGGACCUGGAUUAACAACACUGUACUAAUGAACAGUUACUGGUCUGAUACCCGUCAAGACGGCGACUGUGUGUUCCUGAACGGAGGGAGUAAACCCAGAAAAAACUGGUAUCCAAACCAGUGUGCAGCCGUCUCGCACUACAUCUGCCAGAAGAGUUAAAACCUUAUUCUCACAAUUAAACCAGCCCACAGUCACGUUCAAUCCAAUCGUUUAAUCUCUCACAAUUUACACAUAAUAAAAAAAACAGAUAAUCAUCAUAAUAAUAAGCAUAAUAAACUGUCCUGUGAUAUACUGCACUUCUACUACUUGAUUGAGAGUUUUUACAUCAUUAUUAUGAGAUGUAAAACGUGUUUAGUGUAAAAAGUGUCUUUGUGCUUAUUUUGUCUUGUUAUUUGCACUGAUUUUACUUUUCUAAAAAAAAAAAAAAAUUGAUUGCACUAAAACGAAUCUCCUACUGAAUGCAUUCCGAAUGCCAGUGUAGCUGCCUUUAAAUUAAGUAGUGAGAUUUUUUGAGCUUUUGUCUUUUUACAAUGAUUUUAAGUCCUAUUGUGUCGUUUGUGGUUCAACAUUUCAACCCCACCCAGUGUCUAUGUGAUGUGAUGUGAUUUUUUAAAUGUAAUACAUUAUUCAUUGAAUAAAAUAACUGAACUAUU